CAUCACACAAACUGUUGUAGUAAUUGAAAAGCUUCUCAUCAGCAUUCAUGGCUGAUUGAAUCCAUCACCGACGUUCUUCACAAUCACGUAUUCAACUAACUUACAUAAUAACAAUAAUAUUAUGUGUUUCUGAUUCUCCUAAUUACAACAAUCUACUACUUACCGGAGCUUCGAAUCUGGAAUUUUUUUUCCAAUUUUCAAGCUCUGAUUCGGUUAUAUUGCGGUUAAUUGAUGCUCAUUGAUCGGUUUAUGGACACUGUUCGUGAUUUUAGCUAGUGAUCUAGCUGAUUUUUGACGGAAUUUUGUAGAUCUGAACUGUUCAUGUUCGUCGGUGACGCUGGUGAUGACGGAAGCUAGAAAUUCGCUUGCUGUUUGUAGCUCCAGUGGAUAUAUAAACAGUACCUGUUGUUUCUUGCUGAAACAAUUACUUAUUCUAUAUAUCAUCAUACUCACUGUUCAUGCUGAUUCCCUUGAUAACCAAGGCAGAGAACGGAUUAUAUCUCAACCUAAGAGACGUCUUUCAGACCAUGGCGCACCCAAAAUUGGGCUAGCACCAGCUGAACCACCCAACUAUGAACCAUUGAUGCGGUUGAGUGAAGCAACACCUCCUGUUUCUGGGUUCACACCCCCACUGUUAGCCGAUAUUGCUCCUACUCAAUCUGGUGUUGGUAAAUUACCAACUGGUUUAGCUCAGCCACCGCUGUCUCCUCAUGCUUCCAACUGCUGUGGACCCCAAACGGUGCUAAAACGAGACACUGAGGGGUGUCACUGUGUAUAUCCAAUAAAGCUCGACAUUCUUCUAUUAAAUGUCUCAUCGAGCCCAGAUUGGAAUCAAUUUCUCGAACAGUUUUCUACUCAACUUGGUCUUAAUGUUUCUCAAAUUGAGCUAAUAAACUUCUAUUUACUCAGUUUAUCAAGACUUAAUAUUUCAAUGGAUAUAACUCCACACACCGGAAUCAGUUUUACUUCCACUGAAGCUUCUCGUAUAAACUCUUCACUUUAUACGCACAAGGUUCAACUAGAUCCCAAGCUUGUUGGUGGCUAUGAGCUACUUAACUUAACCUGGUUCAAACCCAUUGCUCCUACCCCGGCACCUCGUGUUGAUACACCGCCUAAAAAAUUACCUCCUUCAAUGCCUACAACUCCAGCAUCAUCAAAUACUUCUAGUAGUGGAAAACGCCUCAGUUUGGUUCUUGUUGUGGGCAUUGGUGCUGGAAUUCUUUCUGUUGCUGUUAUUUGUGUUCUUAUACUCUGUUCUUGUGCUUCACGUCGAAGAAAACCAGAAUCAUUGCCAAAAGAAACUGCGAAACCAAGGACGAUGGAGUCUCUUCAAACUGCAGGGUCCUUUACACACCCUUCAAGCACACGUUUCCUUGAAUACGAAGAACUUAAAGCAGCAACGAAUAACUUUGAACACUCAAGUAUACUUGGUGAGGGUGGAUUUGGAAGAGUUUUCAAGGGUGUUUUAAGUGACGGGACCAAUGUAGCUAUCAAGAGGCUUUCUAGCGGCGGCCAACAAGGCGAUAAAGAGUUUUUGGUGGAAGUUGAGAUGCUUAGUAGGUUGCAUCAUCGGAACCUUGUGAAACUUGUUGGUUAUUAUAGCAAUCGCGACAAUUCAGAGAAUCUGCUUUGUUAUGAACUUGUUCCAAAUGGUAGUUUGGAGGCUUGGCUUCACGGCCCACUAGGGGUUAACUGUCCAUUGGAUUGGGAAACAAGAAUGAAGAUUGCCCUUGAUGCAGCAAGAGGACUUGCGUAUCUGCAUGAGGAUUCACAGCCUUGUGUGAUUCACAGAGAUUUUAAGGCUUCUAAUAUUUUACUAGAAAACGAUUUUCAUGCUAAAGUUGCAGACUUUGGCCUAGCCAAACAGGCCCCAGAAGGCAGAGCUACUUAUUUGUCUACUCGUGUUAUGGGUACAUUUGGGUAUGUGGCUCCUGAAUAUGCUAUGACUGGGCAUUUGUUAGUCAAAAGUGAUGUGUACAGCUAUGGGGUGGUUCUACUUGAAUUGUUGACCGGAAGGAAGCCCGUGGAUAUGACCCAACCGUCUGGACAGGAGAACCUCGUCUCUUGGUCGAGGCCAAUCCUAAGAGAUAAGGACCGUAUGGAUGAGCUAGCGGACCCGAAGCUCGGAGGAAAGUACCCGAUUGAAGAUUUAGCGCGGGUUUGUACAAUUGCCGCAGCAUGUGUAUCCCCCGAGGCAAAUCAAAGACCAACUAUGGGCGAAGUUGUACAGUCACUAAAAAUGGUCCAACGUGUCGCAGAGUAUCAAGACACAUCAGCAACAAAUACCCGCCCGGCCCAAAAGCAGUCGUCAACUACUUUUGAAUCGGACGCUACAUCUUCUAUUUUCUCAUCGGGCCCGUACUCGGGCCUUAGUGCAUUCGACCACGACAACAUUUCCCGUACAGCUCUCUUUUCGGAAGACCUCCAUGAAGGCAGAUAACCAGAAACACGGGCUUUCAUAUCUGAUAACGUCAGGAUUUUGCAAGUGGAAGUUGGAUAAAGUCGGGCCGGGUUGGAUAAAGUUUGGGCCCGUUUUCCACUCAUGAUGAAAGCUUUUAUCGGGUUUCAUGGUGCAAGUUUAAGACCUCCAGUUUGGUUUUUAGAGUAAACCGGAAAGAGGAGACCGACCACUCACGAGCCGGUAAUCAUUUAAAGAUUUUUUAUAUCCUUUAGAUUUAAUUUCUUCACUUUGGUUCUGUGUUUUUAUAAUCAUAUCAAUUGUCAAUUAUCAUGAAAAAAAGUAUAUACAAUUGUGCAUUUCUCCUUUCUUACAUGUAAUCUUACCUACUUCCAUUUACUUAUCUA